GGCCGUGGAAGAGGCGGAACGCUUAGCGGAACCCAGCGGCUCGUGUUGGGGUUUCUGCGCGCGCCGCUUUGGGCGACGGCCUCUGACCGGAGCGCUAAGGUGGACGGACCGCAGAGGUUGUCUGAAGGCCGAGGCCAAGAUGGCGGCGCUGCGGGCUCCCGGUCUGUUCUGCCUCCGGACCCCCGCCCUGCGGGCCGGCGUGGCCACAGCCGUGCAGACACGAGCCGUCCACCAGAGCGCGGCCACCGAUAGCCCGAGCAGCACGCAGCCCGCCGUGCCGAAGGCUGGGGCUGUGGUCCCCAAGCCCAGUGCGCUUCCCAGCAGCCGCGGCGAGUACGUGGUGACCAAGCUGGACGACCUUGUCAACUGGGCCCGCAGGAGCUCCCUGUGGCCCAUGACCUUCGGCCUGGCCUGCUGCGCUGUGGAGAUGAUGCAUAUGGCCGCGCCUCGUUACGACAUGGACCGCUUCGGCGUGGUCUUCCGCGCCAGCCCGCGCCAGUCCGACGUCAUGAUCGUGGCUGGCACGCUGACCAACAAGAUGGCCCCGGCACUCCGCAAGGUCUACGACCAGAUGCCGGAGCCGCGCUACGUGGUGUCCAUGGGGAGCUGCGCCAACGGUGGCGGCUACUACCACUACUCCUACUCCGUGGUCCGCGGCUGCGACCGCAUCGUGCCGGUGGACAUCUACGUGCCGGGCUGCCCACCCACGGCGGAGGCCCUGCUCUACGGAAUCCUGCAGCUGCAGAGGAAGAUCAAGAGGGAGAAGAGGCUGAAGAUCUGGUACCGCCGGUAGCAGCGGCACUGGCCCCUGCGGCCCCGCGGCCCUGCCUGAGCAGCCCCAAUAAACCACCCUGGACUGAC